CCAAUGGUUGAGGGUUGCAGUCUGCAAAAUACUACGAUUGUUCUCAGGGAGGGUAUCAUAUACAGUUAACAGUGUAACCUUUUAUAUGACUAAGAGGGGAGCCUAAAAAUGUCGUCUAGUGGCACCAUAAGUAACUAUUAUGUCGAUUCUCUCAUAGGCCAUGAAAGCGAAGAAGUUUACGGGAGUAGAUUCGUCCAGGCAGGUCACAGUGCGACCUCCAGGCCAUCAGGUGUUGCAGAGAGUUCAGAUUUUUCUUCCUGUAGCUUUGCACCAAAAUCCACCGUGUUCUCCACUUCUUGGUCCACGGUCCAUCCUCAGCCGUCUGCGGCAAUGACAGGGAUCUACCAUCCCUACAUGCACCAGCCCCACUUAGGGGCAGCCGAGACUGGCAGAUACGUGCGCUCCUGGAUAGAGCCCUUCCCCGGCUUCCCCAGCAGCAGCUCCAGCUCCUCCAACGGGCGCCACUACGGGAUAAAGCCUGAAACGGGAGCAGCUGCCUCCUCUUCCUCCUCCUCCUCCUCCUCCUCCAAAAGGACUGAGUGCUCCUCGUCCCGGGAGUCUCAGGGGAUCAGUGUGCCCGAGUACACGUGCAAUUCCUUCCUGCAGGAGACCCGGGAGAAGACGGCUACUUGCAGCCCCAAGGAGCCUCCAGGCUGCAGCCACAACCCCAGCCCGAGCAGCGAUCUGAAGGAAGAGAAGCAACAGCAACUUGACCCAAAUAAUCCGGCAGCAAACUGGAUCCACGCUCGUUCAACGAGGAAAAAGCGUUGUCCCUAUACAAAGUACCAAACUCUGGAACUGGAAAAAGAAUUCCUCUUUAACAUGUAUCUGACUCGGGACCGCCGUUACGAAGUAGCUAGGAUUUUAAAUCUCACAGAGAGACAGGUCAAAAUAUGGUUUCAGAACAGAAGAAUGAAAAUGAAAAAGAUGAACAAGGAGAAAGGAAAUAAAGGAGACUAACGCCCGGGUGUAGACACGCAUUCUUCUUCUUCUUCCCCCUCCAGCACCAGAUGCGUUUUUGCAGAACUUUAUAUCAAUCUGAUCUUUUAGGUAGAAGUGGAAAUGUGGUCUAUGUCAGGUUUUUGGGGGGAAAUCUGUCUUGCUCGCCAAUGUGUUUAUAAAAGUUGCUUCAUUUCCCUCUCCUUUUCCCCCAAACUGUUUGGUUUAUGAUAUUGUGAGUGCACGUUAGCUUUGGGACCUUAAUGUUAAAUGUUUGACAUGUUUCUUAAAAGGUUAUGUAGUGUAGAUAGUCACUUUGCCAAAAUAAAGGUAAAGGACAUAAUUAUAAUUAUGAUAAUAAAUAUAUAUAUUGAAGUACACUUGUUUAAAUCAAUAGCAGUAUUGUGUUGUCCAUGACUUAUUAAAAGAAACCAUUACCAAAAACUUUGCUUUCUAGUCCUGAAUUUUGUCCUUUGCAAUAGGUGCCAGAGUGAAGCAAUGAGAACAUUUUAUUUUUUCUUUUUCUUCAAUGCACUAUUAGGCGAUUGUGUCAUACCUGAAGCAGUUUUCAAUAGGCCUAGCAUUUACUGAUGCUUUGGAUUGUUGGAGUUCUGAAUAUUGGUAAAUGUUGUAUCAGCCACCUCAUGUUUCUAACUAAAGACCUGUUGUAAUUAUUGUCAGUUAUUCCAUAAUAAACUCUGACUUGAUCAAAUGAAA